AUGGCGGAAGAUGACGACAUAUACUGUCAGCAAGAGCUGAUUGGGCCCUUGGAUCCCAGUUUGUCAAUGGUUUUCAUCAGAGAAUCGCCAAAUUCCUCCAAGGACGAUCUCGUUGUUUUUCCGCCGACCAGCCACGAGAAUCUACUCGUCGCUUCUUCCGUCUAUGGAGUCGAUAGGUACCUCGAAUCCUUAUCGGAAUCCGAAUCCCCUUCAUCUUCGUCGAGACGCUCUGCUUCGUCGUCUUCAUUUUCCUUGUCCCCGUCUGAUUCCGACGGGCAAUCGCCACUGACAUCGGGUGAGUUUGACCGAAAGCCUCCGCCGGAAAGCGAAGAGAAACCUCCGCCGUCACCGUCAACUGAUUCAGACGGACAACCGCUAUUGACGAAAUGUCAAUUCGACCGGAAAUCAUCUCCGGGAUCACCCACUGAACAAACCGGGAAAUCUCCACCGUGCAUUUCAAACGGGAAAUCGUCGAGCAAAUCUAUGUAUCGUGAAAUUGAUAUCUUCCAUAAUUGGGAGCUUCUUCUCGUACGUGUAUACUCGAAGUUGAAGAGCUUGGUGACCUGGUUCUCGACGACUUUCCGGCCAUUUUACCCAGUCCUUGCCAUUGCGAUUUGGUGGUGGAUGCGUGUACGAUCUCGUCGGAAACGUCUCAAUGGAGAAACCACGGAUCGUCUUCGAGAUGUCAUCAAAGAGAAAGACGAGAGGAUAGUUCAGCUUCUGCAUCAGAUUGCUCAGAUGAACGAGUUACUGAUAAAACACCACAAGGACAUCGUCUCAAGAAGAUGA